CAAGAAAAACCUGUGGCCACAACUCCUCGCCGACCGCCGGGGAUUUUCUUCAGUUCAUCUGAAUAUACCCAUGCAUCUUCAAGUGCAGCAGCCACGUACGCAUGCGCUGGUGGGAUUUUUGCGCCGCCAAAGCCAAUUCCCAGCGCACCAGGCGAUGAGGAGCAGCAGUUCAACUAACGCAGGAGCAUCCAUCGUCUGGUAACCUACGAGCAGUAACCAGGUAGAUGAACUGCUGCUCCUCCUGAGUGCCUCAUCAAAACGCAGGAGGAGCAACAGAUCAUCUACCUCUACAGCCCCCCCUGCCUCGUAGUGUCGCCGAUGUCAAAAUUCCGAGGGCCGCGAACAUGAUCAACCCAGAACAAUUUCAAUUUGUUCCUUGUGAAGAGUGUCCUCCGCAGGUUGCCGGUGCAGAACCCACGGCGGUUGGAGGAGGCUUGGCAGUGCCACCUGGUACUGCAGAGACCUUCGACAACGCCGCUUUGGUGAGGUUUAUUGAUGAGGAGAGGGAUAUGAAAUUCAAGCUCGCCAGCGACCUUGUUGAGCAGGAGGUACUACGCUGGGCCGCUGUCACGACAGGCAGCAAUUAUUCUACUUUAAGUUUAUACGAUCAAGGAGGGCUUUUUCCUACUUCUGGUGGUGGGAUCUUCUGGACUCUGAGCGAAAGUUUAGAAAAAAAAAGAACACAAUAAGAAAAAACCCAAAAAAUGACAGCUUGCAAUCCACCUUCGCUUGACGCUAUCGCUACUGUCUUCUUUACUAACUACAACAUGGAUGAUUACAGCAGCAGCAACAUCCUUUCUGAAUGUCUACUUCCUCCCUAAAGUAAGUACAGCACCAACAACAACAUGCUAUUCUCUCCACGCGUCGGAUAGAACAAGUGUUCGGAUCUUCUGGACAACAUACAAGGCCAAAGCGGAGGGCCUGCAGCUAUAUUUACGAUUCGAAUUUGAACCGAGAUCAAGCCACAAUGGCAU